AUGAGUUAUAAUUCAACGGGCACCAUAAUCACUCGUUUGACCGCCAAAAAGCAAUUACUUUGUGCUGCUCAAUGUGGAAAUCAAUUUGCUAAUUGCAAUACUGCUGUAUUUGAUAGUUUGACUACUCCUCAAUGUUCGCUAUAUAGCGGAAGCGUAACACCAGCAAAUCUUACCGUCUCGAUGAAUACAAUAGUUUAUGACUUUCAACAGACUACUCCGAUCUUGUAUCAUUGGAAUACUACGAGUAUUACUGUAGUUGGUGCGAGUAAUGGUUCUGCAGGCACAGCAGCUAAUCUGCUCGCUCGACCAUAUGGCACCGCAUUAGGUUCAUUGAACUCACUUUAUAUUGCCGAUCUUAACAACAAUCGCAUACAAAAAUGGUUAAUUAAUGCAUCGAAUGGUACAACGGUGGCUGGUCUAUCAAAUAGAGCUGCUGGUGCAAACUCAGUUGCUUUAAACUUGCCCGACUGUGUUGUGCUUGAUUCCAAUGAUAAUAUGUAUAUUCCAGAUAGAGGUAAUCAUCGAGUUGUAUAUUGGGCAAAUGGUGCAUCAUCUGGCAUUACGAUUGCCGGUACUACAGGUAUUUCGGGAUCUGCAAACAAUAAGUUUAAUAGUCCGGCUGGUAUAGCCCGUGACUCAAGCACAGGUACACUUUAUAUAGCCGAUACAUACAAUCAUCGUAUAAUGAAAUAUUUGGUGAAUGCUACUUCGGGUACAGUAGCUGCUGGUGGUAAUGGUGCAGGAACUGGCAAUACACAACUUCUUUUAAUUGCUAAUCAUCAAACCAACAAUAUUGUUCGUUGGGUGUUAGGUGUAAGUAGCUGGACACUCGUCAUUGGCAGUCCUACUGGAUUAAGUGGUAGCACAUCGACACUUCUCAAUGGACCGAUCGGGAUCACAUUAGAUCCAAUAGGCAAUAUCUAUGUAGCUGAUUCACUAAAUCAUCGCAUUCAAUUCUUCUUUGCAGGCCAAUCCAACGGCACAACGGUUGCUGGCGUCACAGGUUCAUCUGGCAUUAGUCCGAGUCAAUUAAAUACUCCCUAUUGGGUAAUAGUUGAUGAUCAACUAAACUUAUAUGUAUCCGAUCAUUUUAACAAUCGAGUUCAAUUUUUUUCAUAUUAUUAA